UCUGCUCCAUUUUCCGUUGUCAAAAGGUUCCACGUGAUAAAGAAAAACCUCCCACAAUUUCCUGUGCAUCUGUGCUUGCAGAAAACGACAACUGCAAGUUUAGAUCAUAUGCGUACACCCCGCACCUUGUGUUUCUCAAGUUUCUCGGUCAUUGAAGACUAUCUUUGGGCAAAUGGAACUUGGAAAUAACCUGUCCAACAACAGCAGCUGCAACCUGACUCAUUUCAGGUACCCUCUUUUCAAAAUCACCUAUAGCCUAGUGCUGGCUCUGGGGCUUCCUCUCAAUGCUGUUGCUCUCUGGAUGUUUGUGCGCCGACUUGGUCUGAGGAAAUCAGUCACCGUCAUUUACAUGACCAACCUAGCUCUGUCUGACCUGCUCUUCACACUCUCCUUGCCUUUACGCAUCGCCUACUUCUCCACAGGAAGCUGGACACUGGGAGAUGUGGCUUGCAUGAUCCCAGGGACACUCUUCUCCGUUAACCUCUACUCCAGCUCCUUCUUCAUCAUGCUGGUCAGUGUAGAUCGCAUGCUGGCUGUGGUGUACCCACUGCGCUCUCGUCCUGUCCGUACCACCACCGUGGCCUGGUCCACCUGCCUGACUGUGUGGCUGGUCAUCAGUGUGCUGGCCGUGCCCGUGGCCCUCAACCACCGGACCAACAAUGACACAAACUGCAAGGUGUUUCGCUGCUUUGAGCACUACAGUGAACAGAACUGGCGCGUUGGUUUUCACAUUCUUUGCACCGUAACCGCUGUAGGGAUUGUUUUGCCAUUCUGCAUCAUCCUGGGCUGCACUGUGAUGGUUAUCCGACAGCUAUGGGGCAUGUCGGCGGCUUCUUCAGCAUCCUGCUCUUCCUCUCAGGUCAGUGUCAAAAUGGUGUGGCUCCUUCUGUCCAACUUGCUGAUCUAUGCAAUCUGCUUCAUCCCCUUCCAUGUUGUCUUCAUUCUCUACGGCCUUUACAAGUUUAAGUUCCUGCAGUACGACUUCUUGGACAUACAAACAGUGACCAUGUGCCUGGCCAGUACAAACAGCUGCCUGGACCCACUUGUUUACUACUUUAGCACCAAGAGCCUGCCGAGGAAGAGCUCGUGUGACUUACAGAAAACAAAAGAAAAGAAGACAUCUCAUUCCUAUGACACUGUGCCACUGAGAGGAGUCCAAGAAUUAUCAAUGACGUGAUUACUUCUGUACGGAUAGGGCUUAAUGCCAGUGUGAGUUUUCAGAAGAUAGAAGUUACAAGGUUCAUUAUGUCAUGGAAGUAUCAAACAAGAAGCUUUUUGUUUCAUUUUAUUGCCACUUAAAGGGAAUCAGAUUUGCAGCUAAGACUACUUGAGCAGUCUACAUCAACAACAUCAUCACAUAUUACAACACAGACACACCUACGCAAGGCUAUCAAGUGCACAUACUCUCAUUUUGUAUUUAGGAUUACUGUAUUUAGGACAUAAAGGAUGAAAGGAUACUUUCUGACUGUGUCAUUUACAAACCUAGGCUUACACAGGGGUUCAUAGUGGUUUACUCUGUUUCAGGUAAAUUAAAUAUAUUUUAAAGCAUUUAUAAACUAAGCAAGUUGCAUUAGAGCAGGGAAUACAUUUAUUGGGGUCAAGCUAGUGCACACCACUUAGGCUUUAGCACUGAAAAAAUUAUUAUUGACUUUUCUUUUAUUUGAGCUUUCUAUAGAAAUUUGCAAAGACUUCCACAGUCUAAAACAUUUAAUUUUGCUUGUAUAUCUAAAAAUAUUUCUUGUUAACCUUCAAUUGGAUGUUAAAAAAUGUAUUCAUGGGAGUCAAACUAAGGACUGCAAAGAUGAAUAUUUUUCCCUGCUGUAUGUGAUCAGUUUAAUUCACUCAGCAAGUAGCCAAUGAGUUGAUUCUGAUGUGUUAAAUUAGGGAAGGCAUACAGUAUAAAGAUGUCUUUCUGGUGUUUGACACUGGAUCGUGAUGCAACAAACAAAGCGGUUAAAACCACAGCUUGAGAAAGUUUCCUAUGGCGAGAAUUUACGUGCAAUUAUUUUUAGGGGUCCAAGCACCCUGCCAACAACUCUUUCCUUUACAUAAUUUAGUUCCUCCAAACUUGCUAUAAUUAUUAGUCAACCACCAUAAAAUGGAGCAUGCAACAACACAAUCUCCUUCAGAUGUUAAAGGUGUGAUCUGCUAUUUCUCCUCAACACACUCUGACGGGUGCAACCAAGCCUGCAAAAUGCCACGUCAUUUUAGUAACAAACUGUGUUCCUUAACAAAGAACAGUAAUAUAGCAAAUUUAACAUAAAGCUCUUUGUCUUGUGUUGUGGUGAAAAUGUUCCAAUAGACAAUGUAACAUUUCAAUAGAAAAUAUUAAACCCAAAUUCCCUCUACCCCCAUACCAACCAAGUAGUAGGUCUAAUUAUUAUGAACAGUGGAUUGUGGUAUUGAUAUUAGCUUGCCAACAACUUAUUUAAAUCUGUGAAGCACCAUUUGAGUUUAUUUAAAGGUGAGGUAAUCCAUGUAGUUGUAAAUUAACUGAAGCUAGCUAUUUUAAAACUCAAGAGCCAAAAAAUACAGCUGAUAUUUACAUUCAAAACAUAAACCCCAAAACAUACGUAUGUGUGAUGUGUAGGAUAGAAAAUCUAAAAUUGUAAUUUAUUUCACACAUCAAAUGAUAACACAAGCAGACAUUCAUUCAUUCAUUCAUUUUCCAAGCCGCUUCUCCCUCAGGGUCACGGGACAAGCAGACAUUGACACAGCUAAUUAGCAAGCCAGCAGCAGCUAGCACAGAAUCUAAUGUUACCCUCGUUGGAACCCCUCAGAUCCCAGAACCCCUUUUGUUACCUUUAAAUAGGCUACUUUCUCAGUCUUAUGCUGUGUUCAACCAAUGCAAGUUUGUUAUCUACUAGAUACUCACUAGAGAUUAGUAAUGCUGAGGAAGUAGUGAUUGUUGUAGUGUACUUCUUGAGUGGUUCCCAUAAAUCUUGUACAUCCCUACUAGAUAAAUCAUCAUAGACCAGUUGUGUUUUGGAUGCUGGAAUGCUGGUCAGCGGCAACAGAAAUUAUUAGACUGGUCACCAACAAAACCAACAUACACUCAGCUGCCACUUUAUUAGUUGCUUGUUAACACAAAUAGGUAAUCAGCCAAUCAUAUGGUCACAGCUCAAUGCAUUUAGACAUGUAGAGGUGGUCAAGACAACUUGCUGCAGUGCAAAGCAAGCAUCAGAAGGGGAUUUAAGAGACUUUGAACGUGGCAUGGUUGUUGGUGCCAGACGGACUGGUCUGAGUAUUUCAGAAACUGCUGAUCUACUGGGAUU